GUGGUAAUGAAGGUAGAAACCGCCAUGAGUGUAGAUAAUAGUUUGUAUUGACUCGGAUGUUGUAGUGAAACCUGUGGUGUCUUACCAAUUAACGGCUAAGUUAGCAAAUGGUACCGACAUAUGGCAGUGGUGUCAACUACUUUUGCUACAGACGACUUAUUUGUCCUUAUCUGGUAGAAAAGUAGCAUAAUUUCCGAUUUAUACUGUGUUUAAGCGGCUGGUUAUAUCACCGCGAUUCCUUGAGCCAGUCCUGAACACAGCUGCAGCUGAAUCGGUCGAAUACACACGCGUAUGGCUAAUUACGUGACUUUAGUUUAGGCCAGGGCUUCUCCAGCCUCUUCAGGUCAGGAUCCGUGGGGAGCGGAGCCUUUCAGCUUUUAGGAUAGCUGGAGCAAACGAUUCCAAGUUCGUGGAUCAGCGCUGUUGGCUGUUCUCUAAAAAUGGCUGAAGCAUUUAGUAGUAGUUCGGAAAUGGUGAUCCAGCGUGUGGUAGAUGUUCCAGUGAAGACAAAUACUGCCCCAGAAAAACUCGAAGAAUUGUAUCAGAUAAUGAAAACAUGCGACUUUAUCAGGCAGAACCGAUUUGAAACGGUUGCUCUGCAGUUUCCUGAUGAGCUGCUGGUGGAUGCUGUCGCCAUAGCAGAGGAGAUCAGGAGAAAUUGUAAUGCCAAGCCAUUCAUUUUGGGAGAUACAUCUUAUGGCAGCUGCUGUGUGGAUGAGACUGCUGCAGAACACGUUGGAGCGGACUGCAUGGUGCACUACGGCAGCGCCUGCCUCAGUCCCUCUAAAAGACUGCCCUUGAUGUAUGUCUUUGAGAAAAGGCCUUUGGAUGUGGAGAAGUGUGCCUCGGCUUUCCGAGGGCUCUACCCUGACAAACAGAGUCACACCGUCAUCCUGUAUGAUGUCAACUACAGUCAUGCUAUAAAUGAUCUUCUGGCUCUCCUGUCUCCAGAAUAUCCAAACCUUGUUGCCUCAGAGCUUGCUGUCGAGGGGGAACAGUUUUGCAUUCCCGGCUGGGAUAAAACACAACAUAAUGACACCUUCCUUUCACAGCAAGACAACAACCAGAUUAUUUACCAGUUUGGAAGGAGGUUCUCCUUGAAAAGUGGCUCAAGCAUAACAGACAGCAGUAUGUUUUAUAUUGGCCAGGAAGGAGCAACCCUGAGAAACUUCAUGAUGACUUGGAAUCGCUGCUCAUUUUGUUAUUUUGACCCUGUAACAGGGAAGGGGAGGGCUGAGUCAGUGAGCAUCAGCCGUGCACUGAUGAAACGAUACUACACUAUAGAAAGGGCCAAAGAUGCUAAAGUGGUUGGCAUCCUGGUCGGUACACUAGGGGUGGCUGAAUACCUAACCAUCAUCCAGCAGUUAAAGAAGACUAUCUGCAGAGCUGGCAAGAAGAGCUACAUGUUUGCCAUGGGGAAACCAACUGUACCCAAACUUGCAAACUUUCCUGAAAUUGAUGUUUUUGUGUUAAUCGCAUGCCCCGAGAACUCGCUGUUGGACUCGAGCGAUUUCUAUAGACCUGUGGUAACACCAUUUGAGAUGGAGGUGGCCUGCAACAAGAAGAGAGAGUGGUCUGAGGAAUAUGUCACAGAUUUUCGGCAUCUCCUACCAGGCGGACAGAGUCAUGUGCCUCUGGCUGAUCAGCCUGAGGACAACGACGACGAAAAUGAUGUGUCUUUAAUCACUGGAGCUCUGCGAAGCCGCAGUUUGACGAGUGAGCCUGCAGAGUCUUCGUACUGCUCUUCUGUGGUCCACAGGAACGAGAUGCUGACUAGAGACAACACAAACUCAGCUGCAUCUUUUCUAGCAGAACGAAGCUGGCGUGGCUUAGAGCAGAAGGUGGGGGAGACACCUGUGGUGAAGGCAGUUGAGGGCAGAAGAGGCAUAGCUAUUGCCUAUGAAGAGGAGGGAACAUCUUCAUGAUAAUUCUUCAGUCCUUCACA